CAAACUCGAACUUACAAAAUUCUGACUCCAUACACUCAUUAUUUUGUAUGAACCGGUUCGGCACAAACACAGAAUCUUAUAACUGAAUAGCACGUAAAUACACUGCACUGACGUGCACUUUCUUACUUCACUGCAUGAUAUACAGCAUGGCUGUCUCUUGUUUAAGUAUCGCAGUGGCGCUGCAUUUGUCGGUGGUUUUUGGCCUACUUUGUGUGCCUCCGUCAGAGGGUGCAAUCACCCAGCUUCCACCAAACACUGCAAGUCAGGUGCUACCUUGUAAGUUCUGGAACUCUACCAUGCUGGACUGCAGUGCGCGGAAUCUGUCUUCAGUUCCAGCCGAACUCCUACCAAUCGCAACGGCUGUAGAUCUAUCUGCAAAUGACAUCGCUCAAUUGACCGAACACGAUUUUACCAACUUGCCACGUCUGAGAUAUCUCAAUCUCUCCAUCAACGUCCUCCUCACUAUCGGUAACAACACUUUCCGCAAUCUGGUCACGCUGCAGACUCUCGAUCUGUCCCAAAAUAACAUAGAGUCGUUGAAUUCCAAUGCAUUCGCUGGGCUUCUUGAACUGGAAUAUCUUGAUCUGUCCAAGAAUAGUAUCAUCUCCGUUCCUGCAGAAGUAUUUCGAGACCUUGGAAAUCUACGCCAACUCUCCCUGUUCUACAAUUCGAUGAGCGUGCUACCAUCUGACGCUUUCGUGCCUUUAAGGAAGGUUCAUACGCUAGACCUGUCCUUAAAUUUGCUGGACUUGACUGACCAGUAGGGGAGAAGGGCGGAUACCAGACUUUGCCAUAGGUCUGGGGGUAGUACAGGGC